GACGGCGACGACGAUUGAGAGGGAAACAUGGCUGCUGGCUGUUGCGGUACGAAGAAGCAAAAGUUAAACAACAACACCGCGGGAGUACCAUGCAACGGCACGGCGGUGUUAAAUGGCACGCGUAUACGUAAUACGCCUAUCGUGCAACCCGAAAUGGGUUUCUAUUGUUUCGAUGUGCUCUACUGCCAACUGCAUCAGCUUGAUCCACCAAAACCGCCCAACUUCAGCAACGAAGCAUUUCCUUUGUUUGUAACAUGGACUAUUGGCAAAGAUAUGCGACUACGUGGCUGUAUUGGUACAUUCAACGCCAUGCACUUACAUGCAGGACUCAGGGAAUAUGCUACUACUAGUGCUUUCAAGGAUUCGCGGUUCAAUCCUAUAACACGAGAAGAACUUCCACGCUUACAUGUAAGCGUUUCUAUACUGCGGCAUUUCGAAGACGGCGUGGACUACUUAGACUGGGAGAUAGGAGUCCAUGGGAUUCGCAUAGAGUUCCAUAACGAAAAAGGCAACAAGAGAACUGCUACUUAUUUACCUGAUGUUGCAACUGAACAAGGUUGGGACCAGAUUCAAACAAUAGAUUCGCUACUUCAUAAGGGAGGUUAUAAAGGCUUAGUCACACCAGAUAUUAGACGCAGUGUGAAGCUGACGCGCUAUCAGAGCGAGAAGAUUACUGUAAGCUAUCAAGAUUACAUGACACAUUGGCAUAAUCGAAGAUGCUAGCAGCUGGCUUGGGGCCCUAUUCAGAGGCCCCUACCUUGCCAAACGUCUGGCACGUUUUGUUAUAAAAAUACUGCUGAUACAGUUAAUACAUCUUACCAACAAUACAGUACUACUCAAUAUAACUCUUUCAUGGCCAAUCAGCAGCAUUCGUUAGUUAUGGUUCAGCCGAAUCAUCCAACGUUUAUACACACACUUCCGAUGCCACCGAUUCCCUCAGUCGUGUUACCUAUGCAAAACUAUCCACCAUUCUGAUAGAAUUGCGUGUAUCACAUGUUUUGUUGUGCUGCAUUGUUAUUCUUUACGAAUUUUUGUAACACAGAAAAGGGAAUUCAAUGAGCUGCGAAAAGUAAUACGAUAAUUCGGAAGGUGGCUGUUAUGUUCGAUCUUUUGCUUAAAUUGGUGCUUACUUUGUUCAGUAGCAUUUAUUCUUUGUUUCUGUAUUUCUUUUUUUUUUGUCUUCUCUUUGUUUCUUGUUGUGUAAUAUGAAGAAAAAUAUCUCUGCGAAGAGAAUACGAUUUUAAGUAUGGUGGCAAUGUUCUUCCAAAGUCAUAUUUGCUGUAAGCAUAAUGAUAUUAUCGGCUAUAGACAUGUGUAUAAGGUAGAUUCUUGUUCUCGUAUUGUACAAUUUUAUGGUUGUUAAAUUGAAGAUAAUAAAAAUAAUCUAUUUGCAUGCAACGAUGUAAUCAAGUUCAGUUUGCUGUCUAAUGCUUAUUACUCUUGACUAGCCAAUUAUAAUAAAAUGUAAAUACUACAAUUAGCUUUGCCAUCAUGCUAGGACAUCUGCUACUCAUAAAAUUGAUAUCUGCAAACGAGUAAAAAGUUUCUAAAUACACAAUAAGUCUAUAUAAUUAAACGUGACCAUAUUAGUCCAUCCAUUUGAUAAUGCACAAAUUCAUCGUGGCCGCCUGUUUAUAUCACCUUUAUCAUCAAAGGCAGAUGUACAUUAUCAGCAUAUUUGCGAAGAAUUAAAUAUUUUUCAAUUUUCUUAAAAAAAAUAGCCAAAAAUUUAAUUAGAAUAAAUUCUAUAAAACAGCUAUUGUUUAAAACAUACAUAAAGCUUAUUUCCUUUCUAAGAUAUAAUCAUUAAUUAUUCAUAUUUAACACUUGAUACAAUAAUACUGUAACGUCUAAACAGAAUUUCUUUGCAUUAAUGGUAUAAAUAAAAGUUUUUCUUUCAUUAAACUACUAUUGCUAUCUAUCUUGUACUGAUUUAUGUGGGCACUGAUUUUUUUCAUCCAACUAUAAAUAUAUCGUUGGAUGAAAAAAACGUAUAAUAAAAUAUCUAAAAAUGAUGGGGAUACAUUGUAUAAAUUUUUAAGGCUGCAUAUUUAUACCAUUCCUACAAUGAAGUUUAAGACAUUUAGAUUAUAGUCCAAAGUUUUAUUACAGCGAAGGAUUUUUUACACUAACAACGAUAAUUUAAUUGACAAUUUCACUUGUGUCUACAAUUUAAUAUAGUUUUGAUACAAUUUUAUUUAUAAUAAUAAUUUUAGAAAUUGUUAUUAUAAAUUUUUCUCAAUUAUUUCUACAUGAAAUAAAUAUUUUUGAUAAUUGUAGGAUGCAAUCUUCACUGUAAAUAAACGAUGGACUAUUACUACACUAAUAAAAAAAAUAUUAGGUAUAUAUUAUAGGUGUAAGACAUUAACAAAAAUGACGAUCUCAUUGUGAUGUUGAUUGCUGUACAAAUCAUGAUAUUUAAUGUCAUGGCUCAUGUUCAUUAUAGCAUCUGAAAAAAUUGGUUCCGAAUACUUAAAAGUAAUUCAAGUAUUAUGGAAGAAAGCAAAACACACUUGCGUAUACUGUAAAUCUGCAAGCUGCAGUUUGCAAUUGAAUUAUGACUAAAAGCGAGUAAUGCGUUGAUGGAAAAAAGUAGCACAAGAAAAAAGAUAUACUGGAAUAGUUUGUGAGUAUAUCUUAAAUGCGUGGUACGUUGAACAGCAUAUAAAUAGAAAUUCUAGCAUAUUUUAUAUUACACCAUUUUGCUUCUUAGACUUUGCGGCUAUACGAUAGCUGCUUUCAUUCACUGCCAACAUAAUCAUUGUUGUAGGUAUUAUAAAAAUCCUACUCCCGAAAGAAUAAACAGUCCACGUUGUUGUAUUUUGGUUGAAUCGAUGCAUUAGUAUCAAUGUUA